CAUUUCCCUCCAUCUCUGUCUCUGUCUCUCUCUCACCUUUGCUUUUUUCUCUUCCGCGGAAAGUCGAUUCCUUCCUCCGGACAGUUCCAAUCAUCAAUCUUUUCCGCAUAAAUUCUGGGUUUCUGUUGAAACACAUAGAGAGAGAGAGAGAGAGAGAGAGAUUGGAGUUUCUCCUUCGCUUUCUCAUCCCGUUUCCCCUGACAUGCUCCGCACGGAUUUCGGGUCUCUUCUUGAUAAAUCCUCGGAUUGAUUGAUCUUACUUCAAGGCUUUGAUUGAUUGUUGAUUCUUCGUGACUUUUAAGGAUCGAGGGAGCCCCUUUGUCUUCUCUGGCAAAAGAACGCAAAACAAAGAGAGACAGACAGGGGAGAAACAUUGCUUCUUGUUCCCUGAAAAUUAGCUGUCCCCAUUAUCGAGAAAUAGAAACUUCAAAGACCCCUCCUUUGGUUAAUCCAUCUCUCCGGUCCCCUUUCUCUUUGAUCUUUUGAUUUUCUAUUUUGAAGGGUAAUUCCUAUCCGAGAAUCUCUCAUCUCCUCCUUCCUCCCCCCACCCUCCUCUGUUCUUCUCCCCCUCUUCCUCUGUUUCUUCAGGGUCGGGAGGUGAGAUUCCGAGAGAGAGAGGGGAUUUUCCAACAUAAAGGAAUAACCCAUCCCCUCCCCUCCCCUCCACCACUCUCUUCCGCCUUCUCUCUCCAGCUUUUACCAUGGUGAUUGAGAAGGACUCAACGCAAUCCAAUCUCUGCUGCUUCCUCAAUUGCACAACCCCCGUAGUCCCUUCCCAAACCCUCCCAAAGACUGAGAUGAGGAGCCUCAAUAGGUUGUGGCACCCCUGGGAGAGAGAAAAGAUCGAGUACUUUACGCUGGGCGAUCUGUGGCGGUCUUAUGACGAAUGGAGCGCUUACGGCGCCGGGGUCCCGAUCGUCCUCAGCACAGGCGAGAGCUUAGUUCAGUACUACGUUCCGUACCUGUCAGCAAUCCAAAUCUUCACAAGCAGCUCUUCUGUUAACGGCUUUAGGGAAGAGACCGAUUCUGGGGAGUGCGAGACGAGGGAUUCCUUCAGCAGCGAUUCCUGCAGCGACGAGAGUGAGAGCGAGAAGCUGUGGAGGUUCGACGGAUGUUCUUCCGAGGAUGGCGGGUUUGAGCCUGACAGUAGUCUAUGGCCUCUGAAUGAUAGAUUGGGUUACCUUUACUUUCAGUUCUUUGAAAGCUCGAAUCCUUAUGGAAGAGUUCCUCUCAUGGACAAGGUUAAUGAAUUAGCUCAGAAGUUCCCAGGUUUGAUGUCUCUGAGGAGUGUUGAUCUUUCACCAGCUAGUUGGAUGGCAGUAGCUUGGUAUCCUAUAUAUCACAUCCCCAUGGGAAGAACCAUAAAGGACCUGUCAACAUGCUUCCUCACUUAUCACACCCUGUCUUCUUCAUUCCAAGAUAUGGACCUCGACGAUGACAUAGAGUGGACUCAGAGGAAUAGGAGCAAGGAAGGGGAAGGGGUCGCUCUCCCUCCCUUUGGGUUGGCCACUUACAAGAUGCAAGGCAAUGUUUGGGUCUCGGGCAAGUGUGGGAGGGACCAAGAGAGGCUGAUGUCCCUGUUGAGCGUGGCUGAUUCGUGGCUAAAGCAACUUCGGGUCCAGCACCAUGACUUCGACUACUUCACGGGGAUUCGGCGUGGCUAACUGAAAAGGCCUAUCAAGGGUCUAACACUCACACCUCCCCACUUGCUUGCUUCAUAGUCUCGCCCCGAAAAAAUCCGUAAAAUGAAAUAUAUAUAUAUAUAUAUAUAAAGGAAAACAACGGGCAUCGAACAACUACCCGGAAUUAGUCUCUUUUCAGAUGUUUUGGUCCUUCCUCCUGUUUAGAGGCUAAGGUUUGAGUGGCCCCGAGAGGUGUUUUACUUUCAUUGACACAAUCCAAAGAAGCUGUUGAUGGGCUGUUAUAGCUGAGCAGUUGGAUGCAGAGGAUAGGGAAGGCUUUUGGUGUACUUUGACUUUUAGCAGAUGCUGAUUGAGGUGCGGCAGUUGUGAAAAUCAGGUAAAAAAACCAAAAAGGAGCUUUUAAUAGGUUUUGUAAUUUUACUGCUUCUGUAAAAAUAAGAAAAAAAAAGAGGAGAAAUUUGGUGUAGAUUAGUCUGUGAUUGAGAUUUCAGUUGGCUGGACCAAUUUGCCAAUUCUACCAGCUUUCUGUUUCCUUUUUUUUUUCCCCCCUGCUGGAAAACCGGAUUUUGAUCAAUAGGUUUCAACUCUGAUACGCUCGGAGCUCUGUAGAUCUUCUCAAUCCAGAAAUCGCCCUGGAACACGAGGGAUCAGUUACCCCA